AUGUUGUUGCCAAUCCUCUACACAUGGUUCGGACUGUCAAUUUUUACUUGGUAUUUGCGAUCAUAUCUGCGGCUGCGACAUAUUCCCGGGCCAUUCUGGGCUAAGUUCAGCAACCUGCCUCGCCUCCUCUGGGUUGCUGGAGGAAAGUCGCAUGAUGUUCACAUUGCCCUGCACCGCAAGUAUGGGGAUAUAGUACGGAUUGGCCCAAAUAUUGUCUCCGUGACAGAUCCAGAGGAUGUUCCAAAAAUAUAUGAUUUUGCAGGAAGAUAUCUCAAGACGGACUUUUACCGUGUUUUUACGUUCACUGCUAGGGGGAAACUCGUCCGGACGAUUUUCUCUACUCAGGAUAGUCAAGAACAUCAGACCUUGAGAAAACCAAUUGCCAACUUAUACUCAAUGAGCUACAUUGCCUCCCAUGAAAAACUUGUGGAUCAGACAAUAGCUCAUUUUUUCAGGCGUCUGGACGAGCUUUUUGUUGAGACAAAUGGUGUUUGCGACUUUGGUACCUGGAUCCAGUAUUUCGCCUGGGACGUGAUAGGGAAUCUCACCUUCUCCAAGCCGCUCGGUUUCUUGGAGCUUGGUGACGAUGUGGAGAACAUCACUGUGAACAUUGAGAAGUUCUUUGGUCUCAACGCAAUGGUAACGCAAAUGCCUUGGCUGGACUACCUUUUCUACAAGAAUCCCAUCCUCCAGAAGAUGAAGAAAGAGAAUGCAAGCCCGGUUGUUACAUUUGCCAUGGCAAGAGCAAACGAAAGACUUGAGGAGCUUGAAAAGAAUAAAGAGAAUACAGUCCAGGAUAGAGAUUUUCUCUCAGGAUUUAUAAAUGCGAUGUCCAAAGAUGCAUCGAUUCCAAAAUCGGCCUUGGCUGCAUGGGCAACUUCCAAUAUGACAGCUGGCAGCGACACGACCUCCAUUCUAACCCGAAGCGUUUUCUAUCAGCUCCUGAAACACCCCGACAAGCUCCAGCGUCUACUGGAUGAGCUUCACCAAGCGGAGCGAGAGGGUCGUCUGUCUGAAUAUGUGUCCUGGCAGGAAGCGCAACAACUCCCAUAUCUGGAUGCUGUGAUCAAGGAAGCGGGACGCCUGCACCCACCAUUUGGACUUCAUUUGGAGCGUUAUGUGCCUCCCGAAGGUGCAGUCAUCUGUGGCGCACAUUUGCCUGGUGACACCAUUGUUGGGAUCAAUUCAUGGGCGAUUCAUCGACGUGAAGAUCCGUUUGGAAAGGAUCCCGACGAGUUCAGACCGGAACGAUGGCUGUGCGAUGAGGCACAACGACGGAAAAUGGGACGAGCUCUCCUAACUUUUGGUGCCGGUCGUCGAGUUUGUCUGGGUAAGCACAUCUCGGUUAUAGAGAUGUAUAAACUUAUCCCCAGUGUUUUUCGGCGGUACAAGCUUGAAUUUGCGGUGCCUGAUGGCUGUUCCUAUCAUGUGCACAAUAGAUGGUUUGUACAUCAGACUGGCUUGGAUAUUAAAUUCAAGAAGCGGGCCGCUUAA